AUGUCGACAACCAGGUUACCUUGCAUCCCAUCUAUUCGGAAGCAGCAACUUCAUCUUGAAUUCGCGAGCUUGCGACAAGCUGCACCUCUUGGAGUUUAUGUGAGCCUCGCACCCGGAGACCCGACCCUGUGGAAUGGAGUGAUCUUUGUACGUUCCGGUCCCUAUGCCUCCGCCGUCCUUCGCUUCCAAAUCCGCUUCCCAGACAUUUACCCGGAUCUUCCACCACUCGUUACCUUUGCAACCGAUGUCUUCCAUCCAUUGAUUGUUCCGCUCACUACAUAUACGUUCAGCACCAGCUCAGCGAGUGAUGAUCCGGUCAGCGCGACCGACGAAGAGCGACUGCCGCCCGGAGGGUUCAGUCUGCGCCAUGGCUUCCCACAUUGGUUUGGCAGAGCAAAGCGAAGUGGCCUAGGAUCAGUCAACACUUCUCGUAACGUGAGCGGGAACACUGUUGGAAUAGCCCCGGGCGCGAGAGAUGUAUCGGGCGGUCCGCGGGCGGAAGGAAAUGUGGCUUCAAAUGGGUCAGCUAUUGCCCCAAGUCAAGAGGAGCAGGCUGCUAUUGGCGAUGAGAAGCCCCGAGUUUCCCAGGCACCCUCAGCAGAGCAGUUCUCAGAGCCGCGAACGGCUGUUCCUGUCGCGGAGUUGUUGGAAUAUAUUCGCUCGACAUUUGAUGACGAAGAGGUUUUAGAUUCUCUACCAGUGGAGGCCGCAGGAAACCCCGGCGCAUGGCAUGCAUGGAAAGCACAUCGUCGGGGUGCGCUUGGCCCAAGCGAUUUGAAACGAGGAAGCCCGCAAGCACGGCUCCCGGGAGAUUGGCAUUGGGACGGAAUCUGGGCUCGCCGGGCUCGGGAUGAGAUUGAAGCAAGUCAUUCUGAUCCAAUGCUGUUUGGAAGCGCGGCUCGUGGUGGCGGCGGUUGUGGUAGUGUUGGUGGUGGUGAUGAAACGAUUCGAUUUUCACGUCUGGACGACGCGACCUUGAGCUCGGUGAAGGAGAUGAUCAUGACAGUGGCCGGCGUGCACAAAGAGUGA